AUGGCUACGAACGGCGUCCCGCACCCCAAGCCCUCCCUCCCCGCUGUUUACGUCGUCGCAGUUGCACGAACGCCCGUCGGGUCAUUCCUUGGCUCGUUAUCCUCACUGACGGCACCUCAACUCGGUUCCCACGCCAUCAAAGCUGCCCUUGAAAGAGUUCCGGAGAUCAAACCUCAGGAUGUUGAAGAAGUCUUCUUCGGAAAUGUCUUGUCAGCAAACGUUGGUCAGAACCCCGCCCGUCAAUGCGCUCUUGGUGCUGGCCUAGGGGAGUCGACUGUCUGCACAACUGUCAACAAAGUCUGCGCAUCGGGAGUCAAGGCCAUCGUCCUAGGCACGCAGACAAUUAUGACCGGAAACGCCGACAUCGUCGUGGCUGGUGGCGCAGAGUCCAUGUCGAAUUGCCCCCACUAUCUCCCCAGCAUGCGGACGGGUGUCAAAUUUGGGAACCAGACAUUGGUCGAUGGUGUUUUAAGAGACGGAAUCUCAGAUGCAUAUGGCAAACAAGAGCAUAUGGGCCUGCAAGGCGAAGAAUGUGCAAGGGAUCAUGGCUUCAACCGAGAACAGCAAGACGACUAUGCCAUUCAGUCAUAUCAGCGAGCACAAGCCGCGCAAAAGGAUGGGCUCUUCGACUUCGAGAUCGCUCCUAUUCAGCUGCCUGGUGCUCGAGGAAAGCCCGGUGUCACGGUUGAUAAGGACGACGAGCCCAAGAAUCUGCACAUCGAGAAGCUCCGCGCCAUUAAGCCUGCCUUCAUUCCUGACGGCGGUACUGUGACUGCUCCCAAUGCCUCGCCUUUGAACGAUGGCGCCGCAGCGGUAGUACUUGUCUCGGAAGCUAAGCUGCAGGAAUUGAAGAUCAAACCUCUGGCCAAGAUCUUGGGUUGGGGUGAUGCUGCCAAACAACCCAGCAAGUUCACCACCGCCCCCGCGCUUGCCAUCCCGAAGGCUCUGAAGCAUGCUGGCAUCAAACAGGAAGAUGUUGACGCGUUUGAGAUCAACGAGGCUUUCUCCGUUGUCGCACUUGCCAACAUGAAGCUGCUCGGUCUGUCUGCAGACAAGGUCAACCUCCACGGAGGAGCUGUGGCCAUUGGUCACCCUCUGGGUGCUUCGGGUGCCAGAAUUAUCGCAACACUACUAGGUGUCUUGAAGGCGAAGAAGGGCAAAAUUGGGUGUGUUGGCAUUUGCAACGGUGGUGGCGGUGCGAGCGCAUUGGUUCUCGAAUCCUUGAUGUAA